CAACACAUCCAGUUUUUUCUAAAUUAUGGAAAUUUUGUGGAAGACGUUGACCUGGAUUUUGAGCCUCGUCAUGGCUUCAUCGGAAUUUCACAGUGACACCAGGCUUUCAUACCGCUCCCAAGAGGAAUUCCUGUCGUACCUUGAACACUACCAGCUCACCAUCCCAAUCAGGGUUGAUCAAAAUGGAGCUUUCCUCAGCUUUACUGUGAAAAAUGACAAACACUCAAGGAGAAGGCGGAGUACGGACCCUAUUGACCCACAGCAGGCAGGAUCUAAGUUAUUUUUCAAACUCUCAGCCUAUGGCAAGCACUUUCAUUUAAACUUGACUCUCAACACAGAUUUAGUGUCCAAACAUUUUACCGUGGAAUACUGGGGGAAAGAUGGGCCCCAGUGGAAGCAUGGUUUUUUAGACAACUGUCAUUACACAGGAUACUUACAAGAUCAACACAGCACAACUAAAGUGGCUAUGAGCAACUGCAUCGGGUUGCAUGGUGUUAUUGCUACAGAAGAUGAAGAGUAUUUUAUUGAGCCUUUAAGGAACGCUACAGAAGAGUCUAAACACUUUAGUUAUGAAAAUGGCCACCCUCAUGUUGUUUACAAAAAGUCUACACUUCAACAAAGGCAUCUAUAUGAUCACUCCCAUUGUGGUGUUUCAGAAGACCUCCCAAGAAGCAGCAAACCUUGGUGGUUGAAUGAUACUUCUGCUCGUCCAGCUUCCCUCCCAAUUAAUGACACUUUAAGCAGCCAUCUCAGACAGAAGAGAUCUGUCAGCACUGAGAGAUUUGUGGAGACGUUGGUUGUGGCAGACAAAAUGAUGGUGGGCUACCAUGGGCGCAAAGAUAUUGAACAUUACAUUUUGAGUGUAAUGAAUAUUGUUGCCAAACUUUACCGGGAUUCUAGCCUAGGAAACGUUGUGAAUAUCAUAGUGGCUCGUUUAAUUGUUCUGACCGAAGAUCAGCCAAACUUGGAGAUAAACCACCAUGCAGACAAGUCCCUCGAUAGCUUCUGUAAAUGGCAGAAAUCCAUUCUCUCCCACCAAAGUGAUGGAAACACCAUUCCAGAAAAUGGGAUUGCCCACCACGAUAAUGCGGUUCUUAUUACUAGAUAUGAUAUCUGCACUUACAAAAACAAGCCCUGUGGAACAUUGGGCUUGGCCUCUGUGGCUGGAAUGUGUGAGCCUGAAAGGAGCUGCAGCAUUAAUGAAGACAUUGGCCUGGGCUCCGCUUUUACCAUUGCUCAUGAGAUUGGUCACAAUUUUGGGAUGAACCAUGAUGGAAUUGGAAAUUCUUGUGGGACCAAAGGUCACGAAGCAGCAAAACUUAUGGCAGCUCACAUUACUGCAAACACCAAUCCUUUUUCCUGGUCUGCCUGCAGCAGGGACUACAUUACAAGCUUUCUAGAUUCAGGCCGUGGUACUUGCCUUGAUAAUGAGCCUCCCAAGCGUGACUUUCUUUAUCCAGCUGUGGCCCCAGGUCAGGUGUAUGAUGCUGAUGAACAGUGUCGUUUCCAGUAUGGAGCAACAUCCCGCCAGUGUAAAUAUGGGGAAGUGUGUAGAGAGCUCUGGUGUCUCAGCAAAAGUAAUCGCUGUGUUACCAACAGUAUUCCGGCUGCAGAAGGGACACUGUGCCAAACUGGGAGCAUUGAAAAAGGGUGGUGUUAUCAGGGAGAGUGUGUUCCUUUUGGCACUUGGCCCCAGAGCGUAGAUGGGGGCUGGGGUCCCUGGUCAAUAUGGGGAGAGUGCAGCAGGACCUGCGGGGGAGGCGUCUCCUCAUCCUUAAGACACUGUGACAGUCCAGCACCUUCAGGAGGUGGAAAAUAUUGCCUUGGGGAAAGGAAACGGUAUCGCUCCUGUAACACAGAUCCAUGCCCAUCAGGGGCCCGAGAUUUUCGAGAAAAACAGUGUGCGGAUUUUGACAAUAUGCCUUUCCGGGGAAAAUAUUAUAACUGGAAGCCCUACACUGGAGGUGGGGUGAAGCCCUGUGCAUUAAAUUGCUUGGCUGAAGGUUACAAUUUUUACACGGAACGUGCCCCUGCAGUGAUAGAUGGAACUCAGUGCAAUGCCGAUUCACUGGAUAUCUGUAUCAAUGGAGAAUGCAAGCAUGUAGGUUGUGAUAAUAUUUUGGGAUCUGAUGCUAGGGAAGACAGAUGUCGAGUCUGUGGAGGGGAUGGAAGCACAUGUGAUGCCAUUGAAGGGUUUUUCAAUGAUUCUUUGCCCAGAGGAGGCUACAUGGAAGUUGUGCAUAUUCCAAGAGGCUCUGUCCACAUUGAAGUCAGAGAGGUGGCCAUGUCAAAAAACUACAUUGCUUUAAAAUCUGAAGGAGAUGACUACUAUAUUAAUGGUGCCUGGACUAUUGACUGGCCAAGGAAGUUUGAUGUUGCUGGAACGGCUUUCCAUUACAAGAGGCCAACUGAUGAACCAGAGUCACUGGAAGCCCUAGGUCCCACCUCGGAAAAUCUCAUCAUCAUGAUUCUACUUCAGGAACAGAAUUUGGGAAUUAGAUAUAAGUUCAACGUUCCUAUCACUCGCACGGGCAGUGGAGACAAUGAAGUUGGCUUUGCAUGGAAUCAUCAGCCUUGGUCAGAAUGUUCAGCUACUUGUGCUGGAGGUAUCCAGAAGCAAGAGGUGGUGUGUAAAAGGUUAGAUGACAACUCUAUUGUCCAGAACAAUUACUGUGACCCUGAUGGCAAACCACCAGAAAACCAACGUGCUUGCAACACUGAACCUUGCCCACCUGAGUGGUUUAUUGGGGAUUGGAUGGAGUGCAGCAAGACCUGUGAUGGUGGAAUGCGCGCGAGGACAGUGCUCUGUAUCAGGAAGAUUGGACCUUCCGAGGAGGAGACACUGGACUACAGUAGCUGUUUAACCCAUCGGCCCGUUGAAAAAGAGCCCUGCAACAACCAGUCCUGCCCCCCUCAGUGGGUUGCUUUGGACUGGUCAGAAUGCACUCCAAAAUGUGGUCCAGGAUUCAAGCACCGGAUUGUUCUAUGCAAGAGCAGUGACCUUUCUAAAACGUUUCCAGCUGCCCAUUGCCCAGAGGAAAGCAAACCUCCUGUCCGCAUCCGCUGCAGCUUGGGCCGCUGCCCUCCUCCUCGCUGGGUGACUGGAGACUGGGGCCAGUGUUCUGCUCAAUGUGGACUUGGACAGCAAAUGAGGACCGUUCAGUGCCUCUCCUAUACAGGGCAAGCAUCCAGUGAUUGUCCAGAAACAGUCCGGCCUCCGUCAAUGCAGCAGUGUGAGAGCAAAUGUGACAGUACUCCCAUUUCCAAUACUGAAGAGUGCAAAGAUGUGAACAAAGUGGCCUAUUGCCCAUUGGUGUUGAAGUUUAAGUUCUGCAGUCGUGCAUACUUCCGACAGAUGUGUUGUAAGACGUGCCAAGGACACUGACCCACAGAGAGCAAGAGAGAAUGCGCCUUGUUAUUUCACCGUGGAGAGGUGUCCAUCAAAGAGAGCCACCCAGAGGAAGGGGAUUGACGUCCUUGCCAAUGCAUUACCCUGUGGA